UUUCCGUGUGCGACUUUAGUUGCCUGUCAGCCAACGUGAAAGUCUGCGAUUAUCUUUUGAUGAGAGAAAAAUAAAUAUAAGUAUGUGUAUAUCAAUAUAUAUUUAUGUAUUUCUCUUACCUUCUGCCGAAGUUUUAAACUCUGAUUAGUUGCAUUCUUCACACAGCUUCCAACUGCUGAAUAAUUGACAGCAGUGUGAGGGGAUUUUUAAAACAACAAAAACGGCACAAUGGCCAAUCUAGAACAGUGGGUCAACGACCGCCUCCAUGACAUCCUGGGUUUAAGUGACCGAUAUGUUUCUCAGUUCAUGAUUGGAACUGCAAGGAAAGCGCAGAGUGCCGAAGAUUUUGUGUCUCGCAUACAGCAGACUGGGACCAUUGACAUCAACCCAAGUGUGAUUGUGUUUGCUCAGGACCUCUUCAACAAGAUACCUCGCAAGCUGGUUGUUGAGAAAGAAUCCCGGGUGGCUGAACGUCAAGCCAUUGAAAUGGACAGGAAGAAUCGCACCUACACAUUAUUGGAAGACAGUGAUAGUGAUCAAGGUGAUGUGAGAGAGAAACAGAAAGUAAAGAAGAAAAGUAAAGACAAACCGAAUAAGAGGAGUCACAUCAGACUGAAGAAAGAGAGUCAAUCCUCUAGUGAAGAUGAAACAACCAAAAGCGCGAGCAUUAGUGAUUUGAAAAAUGAAGAGGAGGAGGAGGAGGAGGAAUGGGAGAAAGAAGAGCGUGAACGAUUGCAAGACAUCAAAGAGAGGGAUGCGUUCGCCGAGCGAGUGAGGCAAAAAGACAAAGAGAAGACCCGCAACAUAUCAGAGAGGACUGACAGAAAGGCCUAUGAGGAGGCUCAAAAGCGGCUCAAGAUGGCAGAAGAGGAUCAGAACAACAUGUUGCCAGAAUUAAGAAAGCAGUCUAGAAGGGAAUACCUAAAGAAGAGGGAGGCGGAAAAGAUGGAGGAUCUGGAAGCCGAAAUCAUCGAUGAAGAGUACCUUUUCGCUACUGACGAGUUGACUGAGAGGGAGAAGAAAGACUUGGAAUACAAACGUACCCUUCGUGAUCUCGCUAAGGAUUACAAAAAGGCAGGGGUGAAGGAGCAGGAGGAGAGGAAGAAUCGAUACUACAUUCCAGAAGAAAAGAGAAACAAGGAGGUGCCACAGAGAGACCUGGAACUGGAGGAAACGACCAUGGAGCUGGGAGGGGAGCAAGGUCGCUGGGAGGAAGAGAGGCUUAAGACCGCGUCCCUGAGUUUUGGGGCCAAAAAAGAACGAGAGCAGGGGAUGAAGUAUGAGAGAGAGAAGUACCAGCUGGUCCUGGAGGAGGAUGAGAUGAUUGAUUUUGUCAGCACCGCCAUUACCAUGAAGGGAACAAGGACUGUAAAGGAUGAAGAGGAACCAGCUUUGUCGCAGGCUGAGAUGAAAAAACAGUCCAUGCAGGAGGUGAGACGUUCUCUUCCCAUCUACCCCUACAGAGAUGACCUUCUAAAAGCCAUCCAGGAGCACCAGAUCUUGGUCAUUGAAGGGGAAACGGGCUCUGGAAAAACCACACAGAUUCCACAGUACCUAGUAGAAGAUGGCUACACAAAAGGAGGCAUGAAAAUUGGAUGCACACAGCCUCGCAGGGUGGCAGCAAUGUCAGUCGCAUCCAGAGUGGCACAGGAAAUGGGUGUCAAGCUGGGGAAUGACGUUGGUUACUGCAUUCGUUUCGAGGACUGCACAACGGAGAAAACAAUUCUCAAGUACAUGACCGAUGGCAUGCUUCUACGAGAAUUCCUCACUGAGCCUGAUCUUGCAAGCUACAGCGUGAUCAUCAUAGAUGAAGCCCAUGAGCGAACGCUCCACACUGACAUCUUGUUUGGGCUGAUUAAGGACAUUGCUCGGUUCAGACCAGACUUGAAGGUGCUAGUUGCAAGUGCCACGUUGGACACCGAGCGCUUCUCCUGCUUUUUUGAUGACGCUCCUGUCUUCAGGAUCCCAGGCAGGAGGUUCCCUGUUGAUAUCUUCUAUACAAAAGCUCCAGAGGCAGACUAUCUGGAAGCAUGUGUGGUGUCAGUGCUACAGAUUCACCUAACCCAGGAUCCAGGAGAUAUUCUGGUCUUCCUCACCGGACAGGAGGAGAUUGAAGCCUGCUGUGAGCUUCUCCAGGAGCGAUGUCGACGGCUCGGCUCAAAGAUAGCCGAGCUGCUAGUUCUUCCUAUUUACGCCAAUCUGCCAUCGGAAAUGCAGACGAAGAUAUUUGAACCUACACCACCGGGAGCCCGUAAGGUGGUGGUGGCCACAAACAUUGCAGAAACCUCCCUGACCAUAGAUGGAAUUAUCUACGUCAUUGAUCCGGGUUUCUGUAAACAAAAGAGUUACAAUGCCCGCACUGGCAUGGAGUCACUAAUUGUCACACCCUGCUCUCGUGCUUCAGCCAAUCAGAGGGCUGGCCGUGCAGGCAGAGUGGCUGCUGGGAAAUGUUUUAGGCUUUACACAGCCUGGGCAUUUAAACAUGAAAUGGAGGAAACAACUGUGCCUGAAAUUCAAAGGACCAACUUGGGAAAUGUUGUUCUGCUGCUGAAGAGCCUUGGUAUCAAUGAUCUCAUCCACUUUGAUUUUAUGGAUCCACCUCCUCAUGAGACACUCGUCUUGGCACUGGAACAACUUUAUGCUCUUGGAGCUCUCAACCACCUGGGGGAGCUCACCAAGCUGGGCCGCAGGAUGGCCGAGUUACCUGUAGACCCCAUGCUGAGCAAGAUGAUUCUAGCAUCUGAGCAGUAUAAUUGUUCAGAGGAAGUUCUAACAAUAGCAGCAAUGUUGUCUGUGAACAACUCCAUUUUCUACCGACCCAAAGAUAAAGUGGUGCACGCAGACAAUGCUAGGAUGAACUUUGUGGUACCAGGGGGAGACCACUUGGUGCUCCUUAACGUUUAUACACAGUGGGUGGAAAGCAACUAUUCCACUCAGUGGUGCUAUGAAAACUUCAUCCAGUUUCGCUCCAUGAAGAGAGCCCGUGAUGUCAGAGACCAGUUGGAGGGCCUGAUGAGUCGCAUCGAAGUGGAGGUGGUCACCUGUAAUGGAGACAGUGGGCCUGUUCGCAAGGCAGUGACAGCAGGAUAUUUUUAUCAUACUGCACGACUUAGCAAAGGUGGCUACAAGACAGUGAAGCACCAACAGACGGUGUAUGUCCAUCCCAACAGCUCUCUGUUUGAGGAGCAGCCGCGCUGGCUCAUCUACCACGAACUGGUCUUCACAACCAAAGAGUUCAUGAGACAGGUGAUUGAGAUAGACAGCAGCUGGCUGCUGGAAGUUGCCCCUCAUUACUAUAAGAGCAAAGAGCUGGAGGACAGCAGCAGCAAGAAAAUGCCCCGGACACAAGGAAAAACAAAAGAAGAGCUGGGCUGAACAGUUGAACCCUGUAAGUAAGAGGGAGAUGAUGCUCCUUGAGUCAGGGCUGUAGCGUAGUUUGCAGUAUUUACAGCUGCUGCUACUGUACAUUUGAGUCAUUCAGGGACAUUUUAUUCUGUAUAAAACCUGUGUACAGCGGCCGGUUUGGAAUGGAACUAGAUUUCAGUCAAAACGCAAAUUGUUAAAAAAAAAAGAAGUGAAACCUAAACAUAUAUUCAAUGCAAGUGAUCAUGUUUGAUAUAUGUCGUAGAAUAAUAGUGCUCACCCUUGUAUGAAGUUUGUAAUAUGUAUGUUUUUUUUUACGGAAACUAUGAUUUCAAUAAAAAGAAAGUCCCAGGAGACUUGGGAUAGCUGA